UUAUAAUUAUAAUAAUAAUAAUAAUAUAAGAAAGAAGAGAAUAGAAGAGAGAGAGAGAGAGAGAGAGAGAGAGAGAGAGAAAAUGUGUAUUGCUGCAUGGAUAUGGCAAGCUCACCCUCUCUACCCACUUCUCCUUUUGCUCAACAGGGAUGAGUUCCAUGACAGGCCAACAAAGGCAGUAGGAUGGUGGGGGGAGGGAGCACAGAAGGUGCUGGGGGGGAGGGAUGUGUUGGGGGGAGGGACAUGGAUGGGGGUCACAAAGGAUGGGAGGCUGGCCUUCCUCACCAAUGUCUUGGAGCCCGACUCGAUCCCUGACGCGAAGACGAGGGGAGACUUGCCUCUCCGAUUUCUCCAGAGCAAGAAGAGCCCCGCGACGGUCGCGAUGGAAAUAGCGAAGGAGGCCGAAAACUACAAUGGCUUCAACCUAAUUUUAGCCGAUCUCCGCGCGAAUGUCAUGGUUUAUGUCUCCAACAGGCCCCAGGGAGAGGCUGCAGCUGUUCAAAUCGUUCCGCCGGGACUCCAUGUCCUCUCCAAUGCGAAACUUGAUAGCCCCUGGCCAAAGGCGCAACGGCUCGGUACGAAGUUCAGAGAGUUUCUGUGGGAACAUGGCGAGGAAGAGAUGAUCGAACAGAAAGAAAUGGCCGAGAGGCUGAUGAAGGACACCACUAAAGCUGACAAAGAUCAGCUGCCCAACACGGGCUGCGACGCGAAUUGGGAGCUCAACCUGAGCCCCGUAUUCGUCGAAAUCGACACCAAACAAGGACGGUACGGGACUAGAAGCACUGCGGUUCUGUCGGUGACGGCGAACAGAGAUGUGAGCUUCUACGAGAAGUACUUGGAGGGCGGCGUAUGGAAGGAUCACACUGUGGAGUACCAUAUAGAGAAGAUUUGAAACAAGCAUAUUUUUACAGCACUGAACAAGUAGCAGAGAUCGAACAACCCGCGUUGUUCGAUAGCUUUUAAUUUUAAUUUUUAAGCAGAAUUAUGUUGCUUCUGAUGUAAUGCAUGAAAUGUAUCUGGUUUUAUGGAGUGUCUCAUCAUGUAAAAAAAUGGUUCUAAGUACCAGAUAAAAAACUAGUACUUGGUAUACCAUGUUACUUUUCUCAAGACCUGGUGUUAUCUACCAACUCAUUUAUGUUAAGUUUUGCAUAAAACAAGAGUAUAUAAAAAAAUUAAGCAUUGUAUCAA